AUGUCGGUGGUGAAAUCUAUUGAGCUGGUGAUACCCAAGGAAGUGUACGUGGCAGGCUCGACCGUGGCAGGGCAGCUGAUUCUCAGUCUUCACAGCACGCUGGUGGACCCUCUGCUGAAGGUUGAACUCAUUGGGAGAGGCUACCUGGAGUGGACCGAAGAGGCCCACUUGGACAAGGACUAUAGUCAGCGAGCCACCUGCGUUAACAAGGCGGACUACGUUCACAAGACGAAAACAUUCAAGACUGAACAUAACUGGCUGGGCCCGGGCGUGCACAAAUUUGAUUUUGACUUCGUCUUACCUCCGAGGAUCCCAUCAACUUUCACCAGCCGUGUGGGGAAAAUUAGCUACUUCCUCCAAGCACUCUGUGCCACGCGAGAACUUAUCCUUCGCAAGCAGAAAAAGUAUAUUUUGGUUCAAGGGACUUCCCUGUACAGCCAGGACACAGUGCAGUCCAAGUACCCGUUGGUCGUCGAAGUUCAGAAGAUCCUGACUUACAACUGUUGUCUCAGGAGCGCCCCCAUCACCCUGCGCAUGUCGCUGAGCAAAAGCCUCUACCUUCCGGGCGACAACAUCGCCUUCAUCACCGAAAUCACCAACCCGACAGGCAAGUCCAUCCGGAAGGUGGUUUUUACCCUCCACUCGGUGGUCCUCUACAAAGCCUUCAACUUCCGAGCCGAGCCCCGGACGUUAGAGCAGCACGAAGAGAUGAUGCGACUGGAGUCGAGCAUGGAGCGAGGCCCUUGCGAGUUCACCAAGAUUCACAGCACCCUCUGCUUGCCCAAAGUGAUGCCUGUCACCAGCGCCCAAAAAUCCGACGACAUCAUGGAGAUCGGCUACGAGCUGACGGGGACGGUCCACUUCCCCUGGUGCCUCAACAGGGUGGUGGCCAAGAUCCCCAUCGUGGUCAGAAACGAAGCCACAGAGCUGCCAGAGUAA